AUGGGCGGUCCCAAUUCCUCAGACAUGGCGGCCAAACUCCGACCCCUCUUUGAGGCCGCGGUCAACGAAAAGAAGAUCCCAGCAAUUGGAGCAUUUAUCGUCGACUCAGAGGGCAACUUCCGGCUGAAAGAGACAUUUGGAACCACCAACAUGGAUGAUCCCAACGCAGCACCAUUCGACGCCGACACAACAACACGUCUGUUCUCAUGCAGCAAGCUUAUCACGACCAUUGCAGCCCUGCAGCUACUGGAGCAAGGAAAGCUGUCCCUUUCCGACCCAGUCGAGAAAUACGUGCCGCGAAUCUCCAAGAUCCAAGUCCUGCAGUCGUUCACGACAAACGACAAAGGCCAACCUCAACCAAUCUUUCGCAGCCCGAAAUCCAAACCGACCAUCCAUCAGCUCAUGACACAUACAUCCGGCUUCUCCUACGACUUCUUCGACAAACCGACGCUCCAAUGGCGUCUGUCCACAGGCGACGUUCCAGCAAAGUACAACGACCGAGGGAGCUGGGAAGAUUUCGAGACGCCAUUUGUCGCUGACCCCGGAGCCAAGUACGUUUACGGCACGGGUACCGACUGGUUGGGGCUUGUUGUGCAGCAAAUAGCUGGCCUCACUUUGCCCGAAUAUGUUGACAAUUUCAUCUGCCAGCAGUUGGGAAUGACCAAUACAAGACCUGUUCUGAAGGGUCCUCAAGAAAAGAGGCUUAUCGUGCAUGUCAAAGGCAACGAUGGCAAAUUAAAGGCAAACCCGGCGUUGAAGAAUGCGGAAAACCCGCAAGUAUAUGGCGGAGGCGGGUGCUUUUACUCGACCAUGAAUGACUUUGCGAAGCUCUUGUCCACUUUGUUGAACGGUGGGACGAGUCCGCAAACCCAGAAAUCCAUACUCAAACCGGAGACGGUCAGAGAGUACCUCUUCAAAGACCAGCUUCCUGCGGAAGUGGAUAAGUCUGGUCUAGGUGAGAUUCGCACGAGUAUUCCUGCCGUUUCGAAUGAAGGAUCCUUUUUGCCGUCUUGCCCGUUGACCCAGCGCGGAUGGUCGUGUGCCUUGCUUAUUAACCAUCAAGAUCUCCCCCGGGGCAGGAAACGUGGUAGUGGUGCUUGGGCUGGGCUGGGGAAUUUGUAUUAUUGGAUCGAUCCGACUGAGAAGAUUGCUGGUAUGGUCGUUUCGGCUGUGUUUCCCUUUCUUGAUCCGACAGUGCUCAAACUGUUUGAUCAGUUGGAACGAGUGGCGUAUGGACAUGAGCCUGCUGGGUUGGAGGAUGAUGGGUUGAGUAAUUUCAGUGUUGGGGCUGGAAGAAGUCCCGCACCAAAGAUAUAG